AUGACAGGGGUACAAAAUCCUUCAAACGAAGGGUCUGAAAAGAAUGAAGCCCAAGUCACAUUUAACGAGCAAACUAAUUACGUGCCUAAGAGCACUAUCAUCACAAUCUUUCUGGCAUGCUCAAGCGUCGACCUAUUGGCUUUGAUGGACCAGACGACCCUAGCAGCCAGUUUAUCCAUCAUAGGAAACGCUCUAGGAGCUAGUGACCAGACCUCAUGGAUCUCAGGUGGUUACUUUGUAACAUCAACAUGUUUCCAACUUCUGUAUGGAAAACUGUCCGACAUCUGGUCUCGCAAACUAGUUCUUUUCGUCGGUCUCGCAAUCUUUUUCUUUGGAUCACUAGCAGCAUCUCUAGCCCAGACAGCGACGCAAUUAAUCAUCUUCCGCGCCUUCACUGGUGUCGGCGGUGGCGGCUUAAUGACAGUCGCACAGAUGAUAGUCAGUGAUGUCGUCCCACUUCGUGAACGAGGCAAAUAUCAAGGUAUUCUAGGAGCCGUUGUUGCUAUCGCCAACGGAAUCGGCCCUAUUAUUGGCGGUGCUUUGGCCUCCAUCUCAGAGGAUUCGUGGAGAUGGAUUUUCCGCUUGAACUUGCCAUUAACGGCACUGACUACUCUGGCUGUGUUGUUCUUUAUGCCCCUUCGGAAAGUCACUGGCGAUUGGAAAGUUAAGUUGAAGGCGAUUGAUUUCUUCGGUGCGCUUUUGGCGCUUGGUGGAACUUCGAUUUUGCUUCUUGGGUUGACUUGGGGUGGUGGCGAGUAUUCGUGGGACUCGACGCAUGUAAUUGCAACGCUCGUCGUCGGGUUUGCUAUCUCUGUUGCUUUUGUUGCUUGGCAGUGGAAGGGUACGUCGAUGCCGCUGGUCCCCAUGCAUAUUUUCAAAGGGAGAAUUGUGAAUGGUGCUUGCUUGACUAUGUUCAUCAAUGGAUGGAACUUCUUGGUGCAAGUUUACUACAUUCCCACUUUUUAUCAGUUGGUGUUUGGGUAUUCUACGGUAAAAGCAGCGGCGAUGCUGCUGCCUAUUACCCUUAUGCAAACUGUUAGUAGUACAGGAUCUGGCCUUGUUGUGCACUGGGUUGGUCGCUAUCGAGAAAGUAUCCUGUUUGGAUGGAUUGUCUGGGCUGUUGGCCUUGGUCUCUUGUCCACACUUGACAAGCACUCCAGUUUGGGGAAGCAAAUUGGAUAUGGUAUUUUGACCGGUGUCGGAGUUGGAAAUACAUUGCAGCCCUCUCUCAUUGCCGUUCAAGCUGGCGUUGAAAGACGCGACAUGGCCGUGGUGACGUCGUUUAGGAACUUCGUUCGAAAUCUCGGGGGUACUCUUGGAUUGGCUAUUGCUGGGACUAUCAUUAACAACAUUGUUUCGUCAUCUAUCUCAGUCCUUAAUCUUGAUGAUAUAGAGUCCCGAUCACUUUUGUCUAGCCCACAGAGCUACUUAUCCAAGUUGUCUGCAGAGGAAGCCGAGCACGUUCGCGAUGUGCUGACACCGGCCUACCAAAAGGGCUUCCGAAUUAUCUUCAUUAUAGGAGCAUCUCUUGCGGCCCUUGCCUUCCUCUUGGCUGUUUGGUUAAUGCCACAAGUUGAGUUGAAUCGAGCAGACGAUCAAGCUUUGAAGCAGGAAGCGAAAAAACGAGUGGAGAGAGAAUUGAAGAAACAAGAUAACAAA